AUGAGAACCGAUAAACCACGCGACCCGGUUGCGGGCCCGGACGCGGGUCCCGAGGCCCCAUUCCCGAUCCGUUUGUCUGGACCUGUUAUUAAGGGAUUUGGACGGGGGAGUAAGGAUCUCGGCAUUCCAACCGCAAAUAUCCCCGCUGACGACCUCGAUAACCACCCGGACCUAAAAACAGGCGUAUACUAUGGCGUUGUCGCGCUCGCGCCGAUCCAACAUACCACCGAGAAUGGCCAUGGCAAUGGCAAUGGGAGUGCAGAAACAAAUUCGCGCGAUACAAUCCUCCCCGCUGUCCUAAGCAUCGGAUAUAAUCCCUUCUACAAGAAUACCGUUCGAUCCGUAGAAAUCCACGUCAUGCCGCCGACAACGCAGCCCUCACCAACAGCCGCGAGCCAGUCGCAACCGACGUUCCACCGAUUGCCGGAUUUCUAUGGGACGAAGCUGAAUCUUUUGAUUUUGGGGUAUAUUUGGCCGGAAUUUGAUUAUGUUUCUAUGGAGGCGCUUAUUGAGGAUAUUCGGGUUGAUUGUGAGGUUGCUAGGUUGAGUUUGUUGAGGGAGGGGUAUUUGAGGUAUCUUGUUGAUGAUGGGGUUUCUUCGGAGAAGGUGGAUUCUGAUCGGGAGUGGUUGGUUAAGUUUUAA